GAAUCAACAUAAAACCCAUUUCUCGCUUUUUCCAACUCAAAUAUAUCCUACAAGACCCCUGCAGAAUCUGCUAAAACAGAGAGAAAUGGCCACUUCUGACGGCAUAAAACACCGCUCACUUCACGUCAAUGGCAUAAACAUGCACGUAGUAGAAAAAGGAGAUGAGGGUUCCCCAGUAGUACUAUUCAUUCACGGCUUCCCCGAACUAUGGUACUCCUGGAGACACCAAAUCCUAUCCCUCUCGGCCCUCGGUUACCGCGCCGUAGCUCCCGAUAUGAGGGGCUACGGCGACACCGAAGCCCCAUCUGAUGCCCGUAAAUACACUUACGUGCACAUCGUAGGGGAUUUGGUAGCCCUGAUCGACGAGCUUGGUGUCGAUCAGGUUUUCGUGGUGGGACACGACUGGGGCGCCGUGAUUGGUUGGUGGUUGUGCCUCUUUCGGCCUGAUCGCGUUAAGGCGUUUGUUAGCAUGAGCGUGGCUUUCUCGCCCAGGAACCCCAACAUGAAGCUGCUAGAUAUGCUUUGUGCUGCUUAUGGUCCAGAUUAUUACAUUUGUCGCUUUCAGGUACCUGGUGAAAUAGAAUCAGAAAUUGCUGAAGCUGGUGGAGCCGACAAACUCUUGAGGAAAAUAUUUUCAUUUCGCGACCCAGGACCCUUGAUGUUGCCAAAAGGCAAAGCCUUCACGGAUAUGGCUUCUUAUCCCAAUUGGUUAUCCCAAGAGGAAUCUUCUUAUUAUGUUGACAAAUUCACGAAGUCAGGCUUUACUGGAGGGUUGAACUAUUAUCGUGCUCUAAACCUAAAUUGGGAACUUACAGCGCCAUGGACAGGAGCACAGGUAGAAGUACCAGUGAAAUUUGUUGUUGGAGACUUGGAUCUGGCUUACCAUAUGCCUGGAGUAAAGGAAUAUAUUAAUCAAGGGGGGAUGAAAAAAGAUGUGCCACUUUUGGAGGAAGUGGUGAUACUUGAAGGAGUUGCGCAUUUUUUGCAGCAAGAGAAGCCUGAUGUGGUCACAGAUCACAUUUAUGACUUCAUCAGAAAAUUCUAACGGUGUUUACAUUGGUAACAGUAUUUAGGCUCGUAAUGUCACGGGGUUUCUAUGUGCUACAAUUUAUUAGUGGUUAAACAAGUUAUUUCAUACUUAUUUAAAAAAGUGAAAAGAUUGUAUUUGUGGAAAAAAGCUUGAGGUGAUUUUUAUUUCUCUUGA